CGUCACUUCCGCUCGGGCGCACUCUACUUCCUGUCAGCCUCAUUCUGCUCUCUCUCUUUCUCGGCUCUCUCGCGAACGCCAUCAUGGGUCGCAUGCACGCUCCCGGUAAGGGCUUGUCCCAGUCAGCUCUCCCAUACAGACGCAGUGUUCCUACAUGGCUGAAACUGACGUCAGAUGAUGUCAAGGAGCAGAUCUUCAAGCUGGCCAAGAAGGGUCUGACCCCCUCGCAGAUUGGUGUGAUCCUGAGGGAUUCUCACGGCGUGGCUCAGGUGCGCUUCGUCACCGGCAACAAGAUCCUCAGGAUCCUGAAAUCCAAAGGUCUGGCUCCUGAUCUGCCUGAGGAUCUGUACCACCUGAUCAAGAAGGCCGUCGCUGUGAGGAAGCACUUGGAGAGGAACAGGAAGGACAAAGAUGCCAAAUUCCGCCUGAUUCUUGUUGAGAGCAGAAUCCACAGGCUGGCUCGUUACUACAAGACCAAGAGAGUUCUCGCUCCCAACUGGAAGUACGAAUCCUCCACGGCUUCUGCACUGGUGGCAUAAAUGUAAAGACUUUACACAAAAUAAAGACCAUUUGGAUGAA